AUGGAAGCCUUUGUAUCAAAUGCAGAGUCUCUGCUACUCUUCUCGUAUUCACAGGUUCUGGUUAAGUUAUUGAAGGCAAAGGAAACAAGUUCUGAGCUGAACAACAUCCUCAUUGAUAUCUACUACUUUAGAUCGGUUAUGGAAGCCUUUGUAUCAAAUGCAGAGUCUCUGCUACUCUUCUCGUAUUCACAGGUUCUGGUGAAGUAA